AUAUACUUUUUGCAAAUGUAAAUUGUUGAAAACAACGCCAUUUUUGCCACAUUUAACUGGUAUUUGCGUGUAAUUUGCAUGAUGCAGGUAGACUUAACAGACGCAGUUGUAUUUUCAAAAUUGAUGUUUCUCUUUAAAAGGAAAGAAUUUUUGUUUUUAUGAUAUGAACGUCAAAGCUUCAUUUCAUCAUAUGUAAAGACAUGCGUGUAGAGUGUUGCUUGUAAGAAAAAGGAGGAAAUCAGUUGAAGAUUUUUCCUUACAUACAGUGGUUUAUGCAUCAAUGUUGAAAAUAAAAUGUCUGGGAUUUCAUCAUCCGAUAUUCAAUUAUUCCAUCACGAAUUGGAAAGAGUGAAGAAGGAAGUUUGUCGUUUGCGUUCUAUUUAUGGUUUCACUUCAGGUUUACUACGUCCAAAAGGCGCUUUUACAGGAUAUUCGUCGGAUCACAAGCCCAACAUGAAAGUUGGAAAAUUAUCAUCUGAUGUUGAUGCGUUUCUUUUGGGUCACAAUAAUGAUUACUGGGAAUCCAGCCAUAUAUUAUGUCCAGAAUUACUUGUGGUGCCGUUCUUUGCCGUAUUAAAAACAUUGAAAAACAGAACAGAGAAUUGAUUGAAGCUGUUAAAACCAUUAAAGAAGAAUUAUUGAAAUAUGAGCGUGAUUACCCGGAUGGUAAUCGGAAGUUAUUGGACUUAAUAGGUUCGCCUUGUGCGACCAAGGGAAAUACCUCGAAACACUUAUAUGAUAGCGGAAAACCUCCUGUAGGUAGUCUGAAAAAGUUGGAAACUGCUCAAAACCAAUUGUGGCUGUGUGGAUUGGAAAAAAAUGAAUUGAUAUCGAUGUUGAACACUAGCUACAAGAGAGAGCAAGAAAGUCGGCUGCGUUUGGAAACCCUUCGGAAUGAGUUCGCCGUUAGCGAAAGAAAAUUAGAAAAGAAUGAUAUAGGAGAGGGGCUUUUUCAACAUAUUCCUUCUGAACGAGUUGCUCAUACCUAUUCCAGUCGCGAAAUGUUUCUUGAAAAUCAAUUGCAACAACAACAACAACUUGCAGAAAACUAUGCUAAGGAUUUGACGUUGAAAAGCAGACAACUGAGCAAUCUUACAGCUGAGAAACACAGCUUACAAUGUGAAGUGACUUCAUUGCUCUCCGACAUCGAAUCGUGUAGUCUAAAACGUAAGGAAAUGGCAAAUGAAAAAGUAAAACUUCAGGAAGUUGUAGAAGUUUGUAGACAGAAGAUGAGCAAUCUGGAGAACGAGCUUACCUUGUUGAAAUCUGGGAAUCGACAACUUAAGUCAAAAUGUAAGGAAGAUAAGUUUGAAUGUGCUUCUCAUAAAGGCAAAAAGUUGGAAAAUGAAAAGUUGCAGUUAUUAUUCGAAAAUAAACAACUGAAUUACGACUUAAAAAUAAAAGAUAUGGAGUGUAGAAGACUUGUGAAAGAGAAUGGAAAGUUGGCUGAAGACAUUACUUUCAUUCAACAGCCUUCUUUUUUUACUAAACGGCAACUAGACAAAUCCCACGAUCGUCUUCAAAAUUUUGACUAUGAACUUGAAAAAACACCAUGUUCUUCGUUAGAGUUUGACAUUAAUAAUUUCAACUCAGUGCAGCAAAUCCCUAAUUCUUGUACAACGAAUUCUCUUUCUGAAAAUAAAGAAGCGUGUAAAGAACCAGUUGAGUUCUCUGCCCUUUCUGAUGAUAGACAGUCGGCAGAAAUGAAGACAAUAAAAAGAAUUGUGAACGAGCGAGACGAACAACUGAAGAAGUUUGAACUGGAGUUAAACGAGCUUUACAAAAAGCAAAACAUUUACCUUACACAUUUUCUUCAAAAAGAUAAAGAGAUUGCAUUUCUAAAAGCUAGGGUUUUAUCAUCUGAGAAAAACACACAAGAAGGUCUUGCAUACGAGCGCUCUCUCGGCCAAUCGAAUUUUAGCGCUCUGCAACAUGAUUUUGGGCAACCAAGCAAAGAGACUGAACAAGGUGCAUACCUUGAGUGCAAUGUGAAGUUUAAAAAUGAAUGUGAAGGGCAACAUAUUGAGCAGCAGACAGUAGAAGAGUUCAACUCGAUCAACGAAACUCAAUGCUGUGACUUGAUCACAGUUGAUCAACAAGAAAAUAAACUGCAAGAAUUUUCUCAUUCAAAACAGACAAUAGACGAUUCACGUGUCAAAGAAAAGGAGUUGAAAACAAAUGAGAUAUUGUGGAUAAACAAGACUAAUGAUAAUACACAGCUAAAUAAAGACUGGGAACAAAAAGAUGAAGAGAUGAAAAUUUUGAAACGAGCGUCUUUAGACGAACACGAAUUGAAAGUUCUCGAGCUUAAAGAUAGUUGUCGAAAGAAAGAUAUAGAGAUAGAAGAGCUUAGCAAGAAAAUAAUCGCACUUCAGGUGAAGACAAAAAAGUUCUUUUGGCAGGAUUCACAUGUUGAAGAUAAAAUGGGGAAUCUCAAUGAAGAAUAUUACACAGAUUUAUACGAGAAAGAGAAACUAAGUAGCACUUUGUCAUCUUCAGAACUGAAAUGUUUUAGAACUAAAGAAGAAGUCGCGCAACUUAGGAAAACAUCUAGGGAUUGGGAACAAACAUUGGAGGAGAUGAAAGACAACCAUUUUGAGAGGGACGAGGAAGUGAAUAAAGUUUCAGAUGUGGGUGAAUUAAUGAAGAAAAACAAGCCGAAAAAUCAGGAACUUCAGCAAAAGGUGCAAAAACUAAAGGAAGAAAAUGAGAUCGCUUCAUCAGAAAACAGAGAACAAAAGGUCUCACAGGAUACCGUGAAUAAAACUACACUGGAGGAGUCUUUGAAGAGAAGUAUAUUUAAUGUCCGUUGUGGUGAAGAGAGUGUCCUUGAAAGAUUAGUUGAAAGACUAAACACUUUAGAAGAUGAAAACAACCAAUUGUUAAAUAGACUGGCAGAACUCGAAGACGAGCUAAAGGUCACAGAAGAUAACGCAACAGACUUGAGAAACGUGUUGAAAGGAAAUUACGAUAAUAUGAACGAGCUGCACGCGGAAAUAGACGUGCUCAAAGAACGUGUCGAUGAUUUUGGCGAAAGUGCAGUUGAGUUAGUUUAUGAAAAGGAUUUGCUACAACAAAUCAACUAAUAAUGCUGAAAUUAACAGAAAAAUUAGGCAAAACGAUUUGAAGAUGUCAGAUUAUGUUUAUGUGGCUUUUUUCAUGUAUCUUUAGAUUUGAGUAAUACCAGCCCAGUGGCUCUUUUAUUGAAUUAUUCAUUUCAUAUAGAAAAGGGAAUGUCGUCUUUGUAAAGGAAUUCACAGAACAUGGAAGUUCUUGAAUAAACGAAAGGAAAGUGCGCACCAAAUUAGUAGCAAAUAUGAAAAAUAUUCGAGGAUCUUGCCUGAAGUCCGUAAAAAAUAGAUGAAAUUUGCAUGAAAUAGAUUUGAAGAUAGAAAAUAUUAUAUAGAUGAAAUAAAUGACAAAGCAAAAAUCAAAAUUCUUAGAAGUUUUUCUGGCGUAUUGAGAAAGAUCUUACUGACGUCAGGAAUUUAUGUAAGAAUGACGUACACGUGGGUGGGAACAAUUGUAUCUCUUAUGUUAUAUGUAGCUACUGACACAAACGGUGUUAGUGCGAAGCUAAUUCCGAUAAAAAUAAUGUAAUUAGGAAGUACUGAAUCAUCCGUUUAUGUAAAAUAUCUUAUUGUAUUAUUUUGAUUCAUUUUCAAUGAUGGCUAA